CGGUGCUAGCACUAGGCUACGAUUGGUGAGAAUGUGAACCCUUUUCUAAGUUUAACAGGCUUCCAGGAUUAUUUUUAAGACAAUGCACAGUAGGUAAUCUUAUUUAUUCAGUAUCGUCUCUUUAGCUUCCUGGAUUUUUUUCUCUUUUGUUGUCGUGCCUUGCUGCCGAUGGUUUGGCCCACAAAGCCAGUCAUUGGUGUCCCUGCUGCCAUGACAACCAGGAAAUACUCACGGCCGCCAGAGAGUAGUGUGUGUAAGAGACCGCACAGAAAGCGUGAGUGGGAGACGGCAGAGCUGUGAGACCACCGCACGGGAGCCCAACAGCAGAAGGAGGUCUCACCUUCUAAUUGGAGCACUGUGGCUCUGUUCUCGCCUUACGAACCGCUUCGUGUCCGAUUGGUCGGGUGGCAGAAGAACCGAGACAGACAGACCGGGCUGUGUAAUCUGGCGAAAUGGCUUCUAGCGGGUCUGCAACUCUCCUGCCUCCGGUGAAGAGUGUAACGGUCUACCGGAAUGGGGACCCCUUCCACGCCGGGAGGAGGUUUGUGGUCAACCACCGGCAGCUGGUCACCAUGGAGGCGUUCCUCAACGACGUGACCCAGUGUAUUCAGGCUCCGCUGGCCGUGCGGACCCUGUACACCCCCCGGCAGGGUCACCGGGUCAGAGACCUCCAUGACCUCCAGUCUGGGGCCCAGUAUGUCGCGGCAGGCUUUGAGAAGUUCAAAAAACUGGAUUAUUUUAACACAGGACUGAAGAGGCCGCCUGUGCUCAAAGGAGAGGGCGAUCAGGCGAGGUUACCUCACAGAUCGAAUGUGUCGGCUAAGUGGAGGAAGUACAUACCAAUACCCUGUAUAAUACAUGUUUUCCGCAACGGAGAUCUCCGCUGCCCACCAUUCCGUUUCAUCAUUCCAAGGACCUGGCAGCAUGACCUGGAUCAGAUCCUCGGCCUGGUCACGGAGAAAGCCAGUUUACGCACCGGAGCAGUUCGCAGGUUGUACACCCUGGGCGGGGUGGGAGUGUCCAGUGCAAACGAGCUGGAGAGUGGCCAGUACUACGUGGCUGUGGGUACCGAGAGGUUCAAGAAGCUUCCAUACAUGGAGCUGUUGGUUCCUAAAGCUCCAGAGAGAAAUGCCCCAGGAAAUAGACGAGUGUCAAGAAGACAUGAGGGCAGGAAAGCAGCCAGCGGCCCGGAAGACAGGUACAGUGACUCCGCCCUCCUGGACUCUCCCGAGUCGGAGGGGCGGAGGGUGAAGUCCACGGGGGACGAGGUUGGGGAGGCAGCUCUCCCAGGCCAGGCCAACCAGACAUCAGACAAGGAGGACAGCUCCAUGUUCCACGCCAGACCGGUGAAGGUCCGAGCGAGGAACCGAGCAAAGCCCAGGCCUCCACCAAGGGCUGGAGGAGCCCAGGCCAGCGUGUUCACAGGAGGUGUACAGAGACGGAGGGAGGAGGUGCGGGGGGCUGAGGAGGUGCAGGAGGACAAGAACACAGUAGUAGAACUCCCUGUCGACCAGAAAGAGGCAGAGACAGUUGAUGAUGAGGACUUCGUUGGGAGACAUGUUCCCCAUUCAAAUGGCGGUGAUCAGAGUUUGACCGAAGUUGCAGAGGGUAAGAUAUCGAGUGAAAAAGACCCCUCUCCUUACCCAGAAGGCCUAGGCAAGGAGGAAACCUCAACUGGACGAGUCAGGAACUCACUUGUGAACAGCCCUUCUCCGAUCUACAAAGAGGAUGUCAUGAAUGGGAGCCUCACGUCACAGAGAAAGGUCAAAUCUUUGGAAAAGGAAGUACUCAUUGAGCCCAGUAACUUAAACACAGAUGACAGUAAUCAGGCAAACUCAUCCCUGGAGCACAAUUGGGUGCCCUCCGUCACAGAUCCAAAGCCAUCUGUCUUAGAGCUAAAGGCAGAACCAAGGUCAGACACUCCUCACUUAAAGGCUUCUUCAUCGUCGUUCCAUGCAUCUCAUAGCUCUCAGAGUCUAGAGAAUCAAAAGAAACAGGACAAGACUUUGAUCAGGUUGAACAGCCAGCACGGAAGUCUUUGAACCCCCACCAGACACAGCAAUGGAACAGUCCAGUCCUCUGAACGGAGACCUCGUAACCCCCCGUCAAAGGUUAAUGGAAUGAUCUGGAACUCAGGAUGUGUUUCUAACUGUUGAGGAGUGGAGAUGACAUGAUGUAGAUACUGGUCACUACACGAAUCAUAACGUCAACUGCUAAUGAGCAAAGUAACACUAUCACUAUUAAUUUAGUCUACCAUUUAUUGUUUUAAUUAGCAAACUGAUCAUCCAGAAUGCACUUUUUAGAUUUACAUUUUGUGAAAAUCUGUGGUACUGAAAAUACGUAGUGUAUGUUUCAAAAUGAAUGUAACUGAUGCACAAUGCUUAGCAGCUAACAUAUUGUAAAAUAGGACAAAGUACUUUUGAGAUAAUAAGUGAACAACUUGGACAAGGGUCAAUAACAGAACAAUGAAUGUGAAGUAUUCUGUUUUGUCAAAAUAGACUUUAAUAUCCAAAGGAAAUAUACAACUGGUAAUAUUUCAUACCUUACAAAAUCAACAGCAAUGUCUUAUGGAAUUAGGGUAUUGGGAGUAGGAUCCAACAAUUCAAAAUGCCAUCACUUCUGAAUAAAAA